AUGUAUUCUGUGACAGCACAAGCAGAUGUUCAUGCCUUUUCGUGGUUUUUUAAGCAGGUUGUAAGAAGGCAUUUCUUUACAAAGAAAAAAGUCCCCCAGGAUGUUUCAUUUCGUAGUGCAGAUUUUGGAAUUGCAUUUGAUGUUGAUGGAGUUUUUACAAGAGGGCCUCUAGUUUUGCCCGGCGCUUUUCGUACCUCUGAGAUGCUACAUGAAAAAAAUGGAAAUUGGCGUGUGCCUGUUUUAUUUCUCACAAACGCUGCUAAUGUAUCCAAGGAGACAAAGGCUGCCGAACUUUCAAGUAUCUUAAAUAGAAAGAUUUUACCAUCAGAGAUUGUAAUGCCGCAUUCAGCCUUGAGACUUUAUUCAGUAUUUGAUAAGCAUGUUGCUGUCUGUGGUCACGGUCCACUAAAAGCGAUUGCACAAAGUAUUGGAUUUAAGAAGUUUUCUACGGUCGAGGAUAUCUCUGUUGCUUUUCCCUGGUUAGACGCUUGUAGACCAAAGGAAGUUCUGUAUUCUGGCAACAUAAGGAAGGCAGAAUUCAGCAAAAUUGAAGCAAUUGUCUUACUCGGGGAACCACAACGAUGGGAACAGAGCCUUCAAAUCAUUCUUGAUCUACUCAUCCAAAAUGGGGAUCUGAACAAGACUUCUGAGGAGAUCUUACCCAAAUCAUCCUCUCCUCAGCUGCCAAUCUUUGCCUGCGGAAGCGACCUUUUGUGGGCCAGCAAUGCUCCCAAUCCUCGAAUUGCUAUGGGGAGUUUUAUGUGCUGUCUGGAUACCCUCUACGAGAAGCUGACUGGCCGACAUCUCACCUACACUAGUCUGUUAGGCAAGCCCAACCCUCUUGUUUACACCUUCGCCCUGUCUCAACUCAACGCCAUCGCGGCAAAGCGAUUUGGUGCCACCCGGCCCCUAAAACGCAUCUAUUGUAUUGGUGACAAUCCUGAGGUGGACAUUUAUGGCGCCAACCUCUUCAACCUCUACCUUCAGACCAUAUCUGAGGAGACAUGGAGUUCCUUAUUUCUGCUAGUAAACACUUUGGUGCAAGAGGAGCAUCCCUGUCUCUUUCCCGAUCCCUCCACGACUAUUUGCGAGCGACCGGAGAUACUCAGCGAGAAGGAGCAGGACAAAUGGAGUCAUCUCAUUCGACGCUCCAAAGACAUGUUCGAGAUACUCAGGGAAUUAGUAAUGCGGAAGCCCAAACGACCCUCUCCGUGCACUAUGGAACCCGUCCUGGUAACCUCUGGUGUCUACCAGGAGCAUGAGGGAGUGCCGGGUGAAUGGAAGGGUCUGCAUCAUGUACUCCACGAUUUUCCAGACCUCUCCCACCUCUACGAGCCACGCUUCGUAGCUCCCAACGUGGCUGAAGCCGUUGCCUCCAUCCUCUCCCUGGAAAGCGCCCUCGGCAGUUCACAGCUUACAUCUAUCCCCGCCUCCGCCAAUGGGGACCUCAAUUAG